AUGGAAAAUAUCAUAGAGUCUGGAAGUCAACCUUCUAAAUCUUCAAUUGAUGGGUCUACAGUGGUGGAAGGCCAAACUGUUGACACAAAUAAUCAACAGAAUGUGCAACCUACUACUGCAGUUCCUGAGAAGAAGAGGAAGAUUGUUGAGUCCAGAUCUCCAGUGUGGGAUCAUUAUGAAAAAAUUAAGGAUAGUACUGGUGUUACUAUCAAAGGCAAGUGUAUAUAUUGUGCCAAAAUAUAUCAAUGUCAGUCUAAAAAGCAUGGUACUACCUCCUUGAGAAACCACAUGCUUAGCUGUCUGAAAAACCCCCACUCUAAAGACACUAGACAAUCACUGUUAACCUUUCAAGCUAUUACAAAUUCUGAUGCAUCUCCUGCUACUGUUGGUGAGUUAGGAACUUGGGUCUUUAACCAGGAAGCUAUUAGGAGGGCCUUGGUUGAAAUGAUUAUAAUUGAUGAACUGCCUUUUAGAUUUGUGGAGGGUCCAGGGUUUAGGAAGUUCAUUCUGGUGGCUUGUCCUAGGUUUAAGAUUCCAUCUAGAUGGACAAUUAGUAGGGACAUCAAUCUGAUUUAUGAAGAGGAAAGAUUGAAUUUGAAAUGUGUUUUUAGGGGGAACACUCAAAGAGUCAGUAUUACAACUGACACUUGGACUUCUAUUCAGAGAAUUAACUACAUGGUAGUGACUGCCCAUUUUAUAGAUGAAGAGUGGAAGCUUAACAAGAAGAUUAUCUCAUUUGUCCCUAUUACAUCACAUAAGGGUGAGGCUGUAGCAAAAGUCCUUGAAACCUGUUUGCUUGAUUGGGGGAUUAGGAAUGUGUAUAGUAUAACUGUAGACAAUGCUUCAUCUAAUGACACUGCUAUAGGUUUUUUAAAAAAGAAAUUGAUGUCUUGGGGAACCUCUACUGUGAAGGGCAAGUAUAUUCACAUGAGAUGUAUUGCCCAUAUUCUGAACCUUGUUGUCCAAGAUGGCCUGAAACAAUGUGAUUCUUCUGUGAAGAGGGUAAGGGAGGCUGUAAGAUAUGUGAGGAGUUCACCUGCUAGACUUAAGAAAUUUAGGGACUUGGCUGAGUGGAAUGGGAUUGAACAGAAAUCAUCUUUGUGUCUAGAUGUUCCAACCAGAUGGAACUAUACAUAUCUUAUGUUACAAUCUGCAAUUAUUUAUGAGAAAGUGUUUGAGUCACUUGAAGAAAGUGAUACUGCCUACAAAGCAGAUCUGUCUGAUGCUGUUCCUACUUUUCUUGAUUGGGAGUCUGUGAAGAGUUUGGUGGAGAUCUUGAAAUGUUUUUAUGAUAUGACAAUAAGAAUUUCUGGUUCUUUAUAUGUCACUUCUAACACUUUCUUUUCUGAAAUUUCUGAUUUAUACUGCCUCUUGAAUGGCAUGGUGGAAGCCGGAGGGUCUUUGCAACUGAUGGGAGAAAAUAUGAAGGCUAAAUUUGAGAAAUAUUGGGGGAUAUAG